AUGGCCGACACCGCCAAGAGCACCGUGGACUCGCUGUUGGGCACCUUGGCUAGAGUCAUCGGCAACGAGGCGGAGCUACUGGGCGGAGUCCGGCGCGACAUGCAGUUCAUCAAGGACGAGAUGGAGAGCAUGAACGGCUUCAUCCUGGACGUGGCCGACCCCACGGAGCAGAGCAACCAGGUCCAGGCGUGGAUGAAGCAGGUCCGGGACGUGGCCUACGACUCCCAGAACUGCGUCGACCGCUACGUGCAGACCUUCGGUGGCGGCCACGGCUCCUCAGCGGGCCUCCUGGCAUCCAUCCGCCGGGCGCCCCGUAAGGACGUGGCCGCCAUUGCAAGACAGGCGUUUGGCGAUACGGACCCCGAUAACAUUGUUGAUGCUACCGCCUGCCUUAGCAGACGAAGCAGUGACAUCGGGUACAUGGAGUUCAGUGUGGUCAUCUCGUGGAUCGUUCAGCUGCUAGGACUUGGCCGAAAAGCAAACUCAGAAGAAGAUGGCGAUUCCCUUGAGGAAGACAGAGAGAAAGAAAUAAAGCCAAAACCAACAACCGUCGACGAGCAUUUUAAGAAGGCAAAAACCCCGUGGGACAUAAUCCACGCGGAGAAGCACUACUCAAGGCAGCUCAAAACUUGGCUGGGGAAGGUAUUCAACAAUUUCAUUGUCAAAGAACUAGUGCUGGGCAAUGCCUUCUUGCAAGCUGCCGUAAAGCUAAUACUGGGCAAUGCAUGGGUGCAAAAGUUCCUAGAUGUUGUCGGUGCCACCGCCGCCGCCGCCACCAUUAGUGCCUCUAUCAAAAAUCACGCACCCGCCGCAGUCAUUGACUACAUCAGAAGGAAUGAAUCCGGGAUUGAGUCCGAGAUUGCCUGGUUAAAAGAUAUCGUUUCAGACGGCCGCUUGUCCAAAGAUGGACGACGGCCUAGACUCCUUGCAAUUGUAACACCACCGGUUGAUGUCCCCUACCCCUACCCAGAAGACGAGGAGGAGCCGCACGCAUACCGCCCCGCGACUAAGAUUGCGAGGAGGGUGCAUGACAUCUCACUUGAAGCCAAGAAUUACGACUGUGUGGCUUGGAUCAACGCCAGGCGCUAUUCAGGGCGCAAGGAGAGGCUCCAGCUCUUACUGCAACAAUUGCUGCAUCCCUCAUCUGGUGACGAUCAAGAGACGAGCACAUGGAGUGAUGAGAGAUUGCAGCGAAAGAUUCGUAGGCUGCUACAAGGCAAAAAGUUCUUGAUUGUUCUGGCUGAUCAUGAGGAUGUGGCACCAUGGGAAGACAUAGCGUCUGCUCUACCAUGGCGUGGACAAUAUGAUGAUAAUAGCACAGUCAUUGUUACUCCAGUGAUACAACAGUCAGUUCAAUUUCACGGGUGGUAUUUAGCCAGCUGGUUGUUCUUGCUCAGUGCCUCGCGCUAUAAAGUGCACUUCUAUUCACAUAUUGAAGCUCUAAGCAAGAAAGCCAAUGAAUUGCUGGUCGGUGGCCACGAAAGUGAAGAGUUGAAGAGCAAUGUUAAAAGAAUACUGGAGAAAUGUCGUUGGGAUUCCUUUUCCACAGGGUUGUUUCUCCAUGCUCUGUAUGCUAAUCCUCGCAGAAGCAACAAUGAAUUGGUGGCGUUGCAGCAUCGAUUACAAGAUUUCAACACAGUGAGUAAUGCCAGGGAAAUCAUAAGGUUCUGCUACGACGACCUGCCCAGUCAGUACAAGAGCUGCUUGCAUUACCUAUCCAUGUUCCAUGGCCCCCAUUAUUCCAAUAUUAGGAGGGCAAGCUUAUUAAGGCGAUGGGCUGCUGAAAACCUCAUCACCACACGGCAUGCAUUGGAUGAAGCCGAGCGUGGCUUCAAUGCGCUGGUUGAUCGAGGCCUUGUUCUUCUCGGUGGUAUCAGCCCAACAGGCAAAGCCAAGACUUGUAGGGUACAUCCUCAUGUCUUAUCCUUC